GGGCAUGAAUGAACAGGAGCCGGUUCUCACUCAACUUCCAUUAAACACUUGAGGCAGGAGGGGCAGAAGUUGCACGCUGCAGGCGGGAGGGAGCCGGUCACUAAGGCCGGCGACGGGAGUGCGGGAGCCAGGCGCAGAGGGUCAGCCGAGAGGGCGGAGUGCGGCAUGGAGCGCCAGGCGGCCCGCGCCUGCCUCGCCCUGCUAUGGGGCUGCGCGCUGGCCGUGGUCGCAGCCGCGGCGGCUCAGGGCAAGGAAGUUGUAUUGUUGGACUUUGAAGCAGCUAAAGGCGAGCUCGGCUGGCUCACGCAGCCAUAUGGCAAAGGGUGGGACCUGAUGCAGAGCAUCAUGGACGACAUGCCCAUCUACAUAUACUCAGUGUGCAACGUGAUGGCUGGCGACCAGGACAACUGGCUCCGCACCAACUGGGUGUACCGUGGUGAGGCCGAGCGCAUCUUCAUUGAGCUCAAGUUCACUGUCCGAGACUGCAACAGCUUCCCCGGUGGCGCCAGCUCCUGCAAGGAGACCUUCAACCUCUACUACGCCGAGUCUGAUGUGGACUAUGGAACCAACUUCCAGAAGCGACAGUUCACCAAGAUUGAUACCAUUGCGCCCGACGAGAUCACUGUCAGCAGCGACUUCCAGGCGCGCCACGUGAAGCUGAAUGUGGAGGAGCGCUCCGUGGGGCCCCUCAGCCGCAAGGGCUUCUACCUGGCCUUCCAGGACAUCGGUGCCUGUGUGGCACUGCUGUCUGUCCGCGUUUACUACAAGAAGUGCCCCGAGCUGCUGCAGAGCCUGGCCAGCUUCCCUGAGACCAUAGCUGGCUCUGAAGCGCCCUCCCUGGCCACCGUGGCUGGCACCUGCGUAAACCAUGCUGUGGUGCCACCUGGGGGCGAGGAACCCCGCAUGCACUGCACAGUGGAUGGUGAGUGGCUGGUGCCCAUCGGUCAGUGCCUGUGCCAGGAGGGCUACGAGAAGGUGGAGGAUGCCUGUCAAGCCUGCUUGCCUGGAUUCUUCAAGUCCGAGGUAUCUGAGAGCUCCUGCCUGGAGUGCCCUGCACACACACUGCCCUCCCUCGAGGGCGCCACCUCCUGCGAGUGUGAGGAGGGCUUCUUCCGGGCUCCGCACGACCCACUGGCCGAGCCCUGCACACGCCCGCCCUCCGCCCCACACUACGUCACAGCUGUGGGCAUGGGCGCCAAAGUGGAGCUGCGCUGGACGCCUCCCGAGGACAGCGGGGGCCGUGAGGAUGUCGUCUACAGUGUCACCUGCGAGCAGUGCUGGCCCGAGUCGGGCGAGUGCGGGCCCUGCGAGGACAGUGUGCGCUACUCGGAGCCGCCACAUGAGCUGACCCGCACCAGCCUGACGGUCAGUGACCUGGAGCCCCACAUGAACUACACUUUCUCCAUUGAGGCCCGCAAUGGCGUCUCAGGGCUGGUGGCCAGCCGCAGCGUCCGCACCGCCAGUGUCAGCAUCAACCAGACAGAGCCCCCCAAGGUGAGGCUGGAGGGCCGCAGCACCACCUCGCUGAGCGUCUCCUGGAGUCUCCCCCCGCGGCAGCAAAGCCGUGUGUGGAAGUACGAGGUCACCUACCGCAAGAAGGGGGACUCCAACAGCUACAACGUGCGCCGCACCGAGGGCUUCUCCGUGAUCCUGGACGACCUGGUUCCUGAUACCACCUACCUGGUCCAGGUGCAGGCACUGACGCAGGAGGGCCAGGGUGCUGGCAGCAAGGUCCAUGAAUUCCAGACGCUGUCCACGGAAGGAUCUGGCAACAUGACGGUGAUUGGCGGUGUGAUCGUCGGUGUUGUCUUGCUUCUGGUGCUGAUUGGAAUCGGCAUCUUCCUCCACCGCAGGAGGAGGAAUCUGCGAGCCCACCAUUCCUCAGAGGACGUGUACUUCUCCAAGUCAGAACAACUGAAGCCCCUGAAGACAUACGUGGACCCCCACACAUAUGAGGAUCCCAAUCAGGCUGUGCUCAAGUUCACCACCGAGAUCCAUCCAUCCUGUGUCACACGGCAGAAGGUGAUCGGAGCAGGAGAGUUUGGGGAGGUAUACAAGGGGAUGCUGAAGACAUCGGGGAAGAAGGAGGUGCCUGUGGCCAUCAAGACGCUGAAAGCUGGCUACACAGAGAAGCAGCGCGUGGAUUUCCUCAGUGAGGCUAGCAUCAUGGGCCAGUUCAGCCACCACAACAUCAUCCGCCUGGAGGGUGUCAUCUCCAAAUACAAGCCCAUGAUGAUCAUCACUGAGUACAUGGAGAAUGGGGCUCUGGACAAGUUUCUUCGGGAGAAGGACGGCGAGUUCUCCGUGCUCCAGCUGGUAGGCAUGUUGCGGGGCAUCGCAGCCGGCAUGAAGUAUCUGGCCAACAUGAACUAUGUACACCGUGACCUGGCUGCUCGCAACAUCCUUGUCAACAGCAACCUGGUCUGCAAGGUGUCUGACUUUGGCCUGUCCCGCGUGCUGGAGGAUGACCCUGAGGCCACCUACACCACUAGCGGAGGCAAGAUCCCAAUCCGCUGGACAGCCCCGGAGGCCAUUUCCUACCGCAAGUUCACCUCGGCCAGCGACGUGUGGAGCUAUGGCAUUGUCAUGUGGGAGGUGAUGACUUAUGGCGAGCGGCCCUACUGGGAGCUGUCAAACCACGAGGUGAUGAAAGCCAUCAACGACGGCUUCCGGCUCCCCACGCCCAUGGACUGCCCAUCCGCCAUCUACCAGCUCAUGAUGCAGUGCUGGCAGCAGGAGCGUGCCCGCCGCCCCAAGUUCACUGACAUCGUCAGCAUCCUCGACAAGCUCAUCCGAGCUCCCGACUCCCUCAAGACGCUGGCUGACUUCGACCCCCGGGUGUCCAUCCGGCUGCCCAGCACCAGUGGCUCUGACGGGGUGCCCUUCCGCACCGUGUCCGAAUGGCUCGAAUCCAUCAAAAUGCAGCAGUACACGGAGCACUUCAUGACAGCCGGCUACACUGCCAUCGAGAAGGUGGUGCAGAUGACCAACGACGACAUCAAGAGGAUCGGGGUGCGGCUACCUGGCCACCAGAAACGCAUCGCCUAUAGCCUGCUAGGGCUCAAGGACCAGGUGAACACGGUGGGGAUCCCCAUCUGA